AUGGCCACUCCUGUAACCUCAACACCACUGUCUGAAGCAUCAACAUGCACGAAUACUGGGAUCUCUGGAUCGAAAAGGAUUCUACCGCUUUCUCCAGAUGUAUCUCGUGAAUCCGAAAAUCGCCGGAAGGCCUCAAAGGUCAGUCGGGCUUGCGACCACUGCAAGAUCAAAAAGCUCAAAUGUUCCGGGACAAUCCCCUGUGAUGGAUGCACAAAGAGAAAUGUGAACUGUCAAUAUGACUCGGUGUAUCGUAGAGGCAGGCCCCCAACACCACCUACAGUCGGUCGACAGCGGCAUUCCAUGAGUUCUGCAGCUUCUACUGUGCGGCCGGCAAACCCCGUGGAGGAAAAUCCAGAGGUUAUCACCACAAGGUCUUCUUCCCAAGGCCCUUCUGGACUCGAAACAGCAGAAAUCGAAGGCCAAUUCUUUGAUCCGACAUCAAAUUUGACCUUUAUACAUCGAGCUUGGAAGAGGCUUGCUCAGCAGAAUCAGCAAACAGAUUCCGGUCUGUUGACAGGCUCUGAAAAUCUUCAGCCCCUCAUGUCGGCUGGUGAUAUUCCCUUCACCACCAAGGGGGACCAAAGCCUGUUGUUCGUGAGUCAGCCAGCGGCUCUAGAGCUGUUCACCUACUAUUUCGAUAACUGCGUGGUGACGUACCGAGUCUUGAAUCAACAAUACUGCAGGUCCUGGUUCGAUGCUGUCAUCAACAAUUGGCAUAAUGGACAACCUUUGAAGACAGAUAUUGGGCACGCAAAAGCUGCCAUUGUUCUUAGUAUCCUAGCCAUUGCUAGUUUUCGCCAACAUAGGAUCACAGAACAAAGGUCGAUCCCGGGGAUGUCUCUGCUAUCUCAACAGAGUGAACAGUAUUUCCUCGCCGCGUCUGAUCUGACAGCUCAAGAGACUGGGUUGCCACGAUUAGAAUCAGCACAGGGCCGUGUACUACAAGUUCUUUAUUUACUGCAGACGUCCCGAAUGAAUCAAGCUUGGUAUGUGUUCGGAAACACAGUCCCUAUCGUCACUGCGUUGGGUCUCCAUCGAAAGUCCAAUCAUUACAGGAAUGGAGGUCGACAACCAACGGAUUAUAUAAUCUCGGAAUGCCGCAAGAGGACUUUCUGGGUUCUUUAUACACUAGACAAGUAUCUAGCCGUUGUGUUUGGCCGACCUCGAUUCUACCAUGAUAACGAUACCGAUCAAGAUUUUCCGGACAGAGUCAACGAUGAAGAUAUGACACCACAAGGGCCGUCACUUGCCGAGCCUGCGAUGGACUGUCAUGUUGACGCCGUAAUCUUCCAUGCGAGAAUAGCAAUCAUUAUCGAGAAUGUAUCUCGCCAAGUCUACUCACUCAAGAAGAUGCGAUCGGAGGAACGUCUCGCGGCCGCGCAAGAUUUUAUAAAACAACUCCAUGAAUGGAGGCAGGCUUUACCGCCUCAUUUCGGCACCGUGCGUCCCUCGAGUCUCAUACCGAUAUUCUCUCGACAAUCUACAGCCUUGAAGCUUGCAUACUGCCACGCUGUGAUGCAUACCACCCGACCGUUCCUUCUCGAUCACUCUGAAAACUGCAGUCCAGCCCUGCAGGAAUGUGUGACGCAAUGCAUAAGCGCAGCAAAACUUGCUCUCGAGAUAGUCGAUUCUAUGUUCUGCGAGCAAUCGGUUUUGUUCCAUGCUCUGUGGUGGAUGCCAUAUGUUACAUUCUGUGCUCUAGCAGUUGUAUAUGUAUGGGAUAUACAACAGAGGAACAAUGAGUCAGCAGAAUCUGAUAAUACAUUGCUCUUUGGUUUGGCAGAAAAAUGCCAAAGCCAUUUGGCACGGACAAUUUCUGCCGAGUCUGCCAGUCGAAGAUACAGCAUCAUUAUUGAGGAGUUGCGUCAAGAGGCUAGACAAGGUCCACAACAUGCCAGCAGAACAAUUCAGAUGCUGAACUGCAAUGAGGAAUCACUCCUCUCCAGCGAGCACGAGUCUGGUACAUCUAUGGAUGAAUUGGGCUCCAUGUUUGAAGACCAGGAAUCAUCCAGCUCAGGUCUCAUGUCAAUCAUGAACCCGCUUAGUCAGUGGCAGCCAACUGACUGGUUGGACCUCGACUCCUCGCUUGAUGAUCUGAUGAUUUUUUAA